GAUCCAACAUAUUUCGUUAUUUAGCGCGUUCUUCUGAACAUAAUUCCCUAUAUGACGAAACAAAUUUCUCAGAACUUUUUAAAACUUCAUACCAAGACGAUUUACUUAAUAUUUUUAGUGCUAGAUCUAUACCAGAUCUGAAACCAUCUUUAAUUCACGAGUCAUUAGAGAAACACGGAAGAAGCUACUUGGUGUACCCGGACAAACCUGUACUAGCAGAUUUUUCGGCUUGGGGUAUAUUAAAGGCAACGGGGGGAAACGAGGGAUCAAAUAAUUACAAGGAUUGGAUGAAUAAGAUGAAUGAAUUAGAGGCUUCGCAGAAAGCUAUUGAAGUGGUGGAUGAAACUAUUAAAAUCGAUAAUUCAAACUCUUCCGCAUCUUUACCCAAAAUCAGUGGGGCUGACUAUGAGAAUAACAAAUUAGAUCCAUUUCGAGGAAUUGUGGCAUCAAUGAUUGCUGAAUAUACUGGGAAAUCGGCCGAUGAAAUUUUCG